AUGCCUCAUAAGUCAUCCUGGUUUAAACCGGGUUUUCACACCCAAUUAGCUAUCACUGCAAACUGCCUGCACGCUUUUUUCCUAUUUGGAUACGAUCAAGGUGUCUUUGGGGGCCUGAUUUCUAACCCAGACUUUCUGAAUACUGUCAACCACCCUUCUGAUGGUCUUCUUGGAUUCAUUGUCUCUAGUUACAAUCUCGGAUGUCUUUCAGGCUGCGUUCUCACCUUCAUUAUUGGCGGCCGGCUUGGUCGCCGUCCGACACUUUGGCUUGCCAUGAUUACAUUGAGCAUCGGUGCCAUAAUUCAGACAUCUGCUUACGGGGUCCCGCAAAUGAUCGUCGGACGAAUUGUUGCAGGCCUUGGCGUCGGUAUAGACACGGCCACAGUGCCUAUGUACCAAGCUGAGUUGUGCAAAGCAGCCGUUCGAGGUCGUAUGGUAACUACAGAGGUCCUCUUCACUGCGCUCGGUAUAACCGUAGCAUACUUCUUUGCAUUCGGAAUGGACUUUGUCGGUGGUGCAAUUGCUUGGCGGCUCCCAAUUGCCGCCCAGAUCUUACCCGCAUUUAUCAUUUCCAUAGUUCUCUUUGGUCUACCAGAAACCCCUCGAUGGCUUAUUGAGCGUGGAAGAGUGGACGAAGCUGUGCAGGUGAUGUGCCAAGUAUAUGGUGUUGGACCGGAAGAUGAGAGUGUCCAACACGAAACUAGGGAGAUUCUGGGGGCACUGGCAAAUGAAAGCGAGGUCGAUUUCCACUGGUCCAGGCUUUUCAAGAACGAUCGAGUUCAAACUCGUCGCCGAGUCGGUCUUGCACUUUUGGUACUAUCAUUCAAUCAGUGGGUCGGUAUCAACGUCGUUGUAUUUUAUAUUGCAGUCGUUCUGGAAGAGAGUGUGGGACUAUCCAGGCAGAUGGCACUGAUUGCUGGUGGAUGCAUUAACCUCGCAUUUGCUUUAGGAUCCUUGGUCCCAGCACUAUUUCUUGAUCGCAUUGGCCGAAAAAGGCCCAUGAUUAUAGGAAGCAUAGGAAUGGGGCUCAGCCUCGCUGCUAUCUCAGUUCUGUUAUCCUUCCAAGGUACAAACAAGCAGGCUGUUACUGGGAAAGCCUGUAUUGCGUUUUUCGUCACGUAUAUGAUCUUCUUCGGUACUAGUCUAAACGCGAUCCCCUGGUGCUACGCUCCAGAAAUUCUGCCGCUCAAAGCCAGAGCAAAGGGAAUUUCGUUGGCCGUUUUCGUGAACUGGGCCUCGGUAUUUCUUAUUGUUAUGGUCACCCCUACCAUGAUCGCUAACAUAACAUGGAAAACAUACUUGGUUUUUAUGGCCUGUAACUUUGCCAUUGCCCCCGCCAUCUACUUUUGGUUCCCUGAAACUAGCAGGUUAUCCCUGGAGGAAAUAGACCUUCUUUUUAUCGAUAGUGAAGAGCACGCAGCAGCAACUGGGAACGAAGCUUCCAACGUCGGCGAGAAGAAUUCGACAAAUACGUCUCUCCAUAUUGAGCAUAUCAACUGA